AUGCAACAAUCAACUAUUUAUGAUGUGUUUCAUGAUAAUGCAAGUUUUCCUUUAUUCGCAAUAAUCGGAUAUUUUCCUCCACCUCCUCUUAUCACUGGGCCACCACCGAGACGUUUAUGGUGUAAAAAACAAUGUUUGAGCGAUAUUCGAGAUCCAUCAAAAAUCAAUGAGUCAGAGAUAAAUAUACUUUCGAUAACACAAACAAAAGAAGAUAAAUUACUAACAACAAGUGCCUCUCUAUUUGAUAUAAAAUCAACUUCAAAGUAUGUUUUAUCGUCAAAUACAUUAAAAUUAUCAAUAACUGAUUUACUCUUAAAUCGUCCAAUUUUAACUUUAUCAGUUCUUCUUCUGAUUGCACUUGUAUUACUAAAUAUAGCCAUUUGUACCUAUUUUCUAAUUCAUCGAUCUAGAAGAAGACAAAAUACAAGUGCUGAUGAAAUAAAUAAUAAUUGUUCAAGAAACACUAAUGAUGUAUUAUUGAACAAUGUUAGUAUAAACCAGCCUCGAACGUUAUUUGUGCCUGUUUGCUCAACAGAUGAUCAUUCACAUUUGAAAAAAAUGCGCAAUCAGCAUUAUAGCGAUGCUACGGAUGCGGACGUAUAUAGAAGUUCGUUAUCAAAUGAGCAACGAGAAGAAAUUUUAUGA